AUUCCCCCAUCUCUACAGCUUCACAGGUCUGAGUUUCGCCGGGCGACGGCCAUCUCUUCUCUCGCUCCAAAAACACAGCCCUUCACAAUCAACCAUGGCGUCUCAAAAAUUUGCUGCAGCUCUAGCAUCCAUCGAAACCCUCUCCCACCAGCCCACCAAGCUCGAACAAUACAAUAGCCUCCUCAACGACAUCGUAUCUAGGUCAUCCGGCGAUGAGCUUGCCCAAGAUAUUGUUUAUUACCUCGACUCCAUCCUGAAUGAAGACAUCAGCAUUGCUUCCGUCCGUCCUCUCCUCGAUUCCUUCAUCGCUGCCCUGCAAAAUUUCCCACCCGAAGUCAAGAUCAAGACGGGACAACACGCAGUCACACUGCUUCAGACGCGCGCCACAUCGGUAGAGGAACAAGAUUCACAGAUCCGGGAAAUCCUAGCUGCGGCAUACGAGUCAGAGGAAGAAUAUAGUGCUGCGGCGCGCGCGCUAUCCGGAAUCAACAUUGACAGCUCUCAGCGACUGGUGUCCGAUGCGGCCAAGGCUCGACUGUGGAUUCGCAUCGUGCGAUACUACCUGGAGGAUGACGACACCACCAGUGCAGAAGGAUUCCUGAAUCGCAUCAAGAACCUCCCCAGCAAGCUCGAAGACCACGAUUCCAAGCUGUAUUUCCAGCUCUCGCAGGCUCGGAUUCUCGAUGCCCGCCGGCGAUUCCUAGACGCCGCACAGGAAUACUUCAAUGUCAGCUUAGCCCCAGGAGUCGAUGAGGGUGACCGACUUGCCGCGCUUUCGGCGGCCAUCCGUUGCGCAGUCCUGGCUCCCGCAGGCCCCCAGCGUUCACGUUCCCUCUCUCGCCUGUACAAGGAUGACCGUGCCUCAUCAGUAGACGAAUUCUCGAUCUUGGAGAAGAUGUUCCUCGACCGACUGCUUAAUGCUGACGAAGUCGCUGCAUUCUCAAAGAAGCUUGCCCCUCAUCAGCUCGCUGUUACCGCCGACGGUAUCACCGUUCUUGACAAGGCGGUCAUCGAACACAACCUGGUUGCCGCAAGCAAGCUCUACGAAAACAUCAAUGUCGAUGCCCUUGGCGAGAUCUUGGGACUCAAAUCAUCAGCUGACUUCUCCGCCGGAGAAAAGGCAGAGGCUUAUGCUGCGCGAAUGGUGGAACAGGGUCGUCUUCGUGGUCGAAUUGACCAAAUUGAUGGGAUAAUUUCUUUUGACUCGGACUUUGCGGCUGGAUCCGGUGCAAAUGGGGCCAGUCUGCGGCAAUGGGACCAAGGAGUGCAGGAGCUUGCCGAAGACGUUGAACGUGUUGCUACUAGCAUUGCUGAUCAGUUCCCGGAUUUUGCUACUAGCCAGAUGGUGCAUUGAUAGACCAGAUAUUUUGACGACAAGAUACGAAUUGAUGCCAACUCUACACACUCAUGAACAAUCUACAGUAGCCGCCUGAUUGAUUGGAAUACUUCGUGAGGCUCUUUGCUCCUUGUAUAAAGGUAGUUUCCUCCGCUUCCAAGAGGAAUCCAAAUUCAAAAGGUCUCGUAUCUUAAUUUUGCUCUCUCUGUCUUGUGAUGUCAUUGGUCUAGCCUCUGGCGAGAAGAGUAUGCAGAUCUAAUGGAACCACGCUACUCGCUGCUCCAGCUUGAUCAACUCGCCAUACUCCCUCCCCCAGCACCGCGGUUGGAACGCACAUGUCUCCAGUGCAAUUUCCAGGAAUUUCUUUUCGGUGAAGCAAUCUGCCCACCUGUGUACUGCUGCUACAAGACACCUCAGUUUAUCUCGUGCCUGGCCACACAGUGCUUGAACCCAAAAGGCACGUAGUAUUUCCUAAGGGUCUCGUCAGAGCAUGGGUAGACCAAGACUAGCAAG